GCUUUUGCGGUGUCGUCCGCGCUGGUGUGAAGAUGCUGGCCGUCGGCUACGCGAUAAAGGGAGGCGGCUCCGCCCCGAAGGCCCAACUGAGUAAUUGCGGCCGCGAGCGGAGUCUGUUCUGGGUCGCCGCUGUGCCGCCCCUGUGUUGGCGAGGGAGGCGUGAGGAGGAGCCAGGCGUCUGCAGCCGUUCUCGCCCUCGGCGCCCCGCCGCCAUCUCCACCAUGCAGUCCCGGGAAGACGCCCCGCGCUCUCGCCGCCUCGCCAGCCCCCGCGGCGGGAGGCGGCCCAAGAGGAUUUCCAAGCCCUCGGUGUCGGCCUUUUUCACGGGCCCGGAGGAAUUAAAGGACGCGGCCCAUUCCGCAGCCCUCCUGGCACAGCUCAAGUCUUUCUACGACGCGCGGCUGCUGUGCGAUGUGACCAUCGAGGUGGUGACGCCUGGCAGCGGGCCGGGCACGGGGCGCCUCUUCUCGUGCAACCGCAACGUGCUGGCGGCCGCUUGCCCCUACUUCAAGAGCAUGUUCACGGGGGGCAUGUACGAGAGCCAGCAGGCCAGCGUGACGAUCCACGACGUGGAUGCCGAGUCCUUCGAGGUCUUGGUGGACUACUGCUACACUGGUCGCGUGUCGCUCAGCGAGGCCAACGUGCAGCGCCUGUACGCGGCCUCGGAUAUGCUGCAGCUGGAGUACGUGCGCGAAGCCUGUGCCUCCUUUCUGGCUCGCCGCCUUGACCUGACCAAUUGCACUGCCAUCCUCAAGUUUGCCGAUGCCUUUGACCACCACAAGCUGCGAUCUCAGGCCCAGUCCUUCAUAGCUCACAACUUCAAGCAGCUCAGCAGGAUGGGGUCCAUUCGGGAGGAGACGCUGGCAGAUCUGACCCUGGCCCAGCUGCUGGCCGUCCUGCGUCUGGACAGCUUGGAUGUAGAGAGUGAGAAGACUGUGUGUCAUGUGGCGGUGCAGUGGCUGGAGGCUGCUCCCAAAGAGCGGGGUCCCAGUGCUGGGGAAGUCUUUAAGUGUAUUCGUUGGGCGCACUUCCCUGCAGAAGAGCAGGACUACCUAGAGGAGCUACUGAGCAAGCCUAUUGUGAAGAAAUACUGCCUGGACAUUAUUGAAGGGGCUCUCCGGCAGUUUCGUUUUGAUGAUGGUCUGCCUAAGGCUUUGGCACAGAUUCCAAGCAACAGCAACAAUAGCAAUAGUAAUAAUAAUGACACCAGCAACACUGUUGUCCCAGCAGAAGAAAAUCCACCCCAUAGGUUAGGGAUGUGUGUGAAGAGAAUGAUGGUUUUCUGUGGACACCCCAAACAUCACUUUUUCUGCUUUGACCCAUACUCUGAGGAAAUUUACAAAGUGUCCUUGCCUGUGACUUGCCUUGCACACACUAGAACUCUCACCACCUUAGCUGUCUAUAUUUCUCCAGACCAUGACAUCUGUCCCACUGUUCAGUCCAGGAGAGGUGUAUGGGUAUAUAAGCCAGCCCAAAAUAAUUUGUAUCAACUGACUGACCACUUGCUGUGUCCGGAGGGUAUGGAUAUGACAUAUCUGAAUGGUUACAUUUACAUUUUGGGUGGACGAGACCCUGUUACUGGAGCUGAAUUAACAGAUGUGGGACGCUACAGUGUCCAGAAGAACAGGAGGCCAUUAGUGGCUCAAUUACCACAUUCCUUUACAUCCUUUGACUUUUGGUGAUUCUGUGUCCUCUGCAGCACACAUUUGCUAUGGAAUGAAUGGUCCAAGCCAUAUCAAGUAGCUGAAGUUUGUUUCUCUGAAGCUCAGUGACUUGUGAAGCCUAUGUCUUCAUUGAUGACAUCUCUUGUAUCAUUGACAUCCCAGUAAUGAAAGUAUACAAUCCAGUUACUGUAGAAUGGAGACAAAUAAAUAUUCCUUUCAUGAUAGGGACUAGUGGUUAUUAGAUUAUCACACGUGACCAAAAACUGUUACUUAUCACCUCAUGUACCCCUGUACCCUUGACAAAGAGUAGGAUGACUCUGUAUGACAGUGGAGAAAACUAGUAGUUUAAUAUAGGUUCCACAUUAGGCCUCUUGAAGUUUGAUAUUUUUUUCUUUUCCUUGUAUCUCAGCCCAUGUGUUUCUGCUUUGAACCUGACCAGUUUCCUGGCUGAAGAACAGAUAACUAGUGUAGUUUCACUAAAUACAGAAAUUCAGAAAGUUCAAAUUCUUUUUAUGAUGUAGAUUUUGGUGUAGAUAGUGUAUUAUUGAAAUUUACCAGACCAACAGUCUUUGUUGCAAUUCUGUAGAAAAUGCUUGAGAAAGGCAUCUUUACUUAUUCAUAGUAUAAGGGAGUUAAUUGAAAGUUUUGUUUAGAAGAAUUAAUUCUUGAAAUAUAUAAUUCAAUGUGAAAAUGUUAGCACUCUAGUUACUUAACAACUUACUGAGCCACAAAUCCAGAAGUUUGCUAUUAUAUUUAUAUUUCAUUAUAUUAAUUUAUAUUUUUAGUUUUAUUUUGUAUUUAGUGCUACAGAUGGUAUAAGUUUUUAAUUUAAAAUUUUUAUGGUAGAAAAGUGUUUGUAUAGUAAUUACUAGCUAGUGUUUUGGAAGAUAAUAUUCUUAUGAACAAUGUAGUAGGUUUUCACAGUGUUAAACUGUCUGUCUGUUUGUCCAUCUACCUACCUACCUAUCUCUAGAAGAAGUGACUUGUCUCAGAGCAAGGAUAUACUGACUGCAAUACCCUGUUUUUUUCUGUAUGUUCUGAAUGUUCUGUAUGAGGUUUGCUAAUCUUAAGAAAUUCCACAAAGCUUUAUGUAGGAUCCAUUAAAUCAAAGGUCAAUAUGAACUGUUAUGUCUAAAAUGGCUUGCGUCAGAACUGACCACCUGACAGCACUUCCUUCACCUGCAUAUGAACUUGUGAUUUUUAUCUUUAUAAGCUGACAGAAAAAGAUAUCCAUUGUCACAGUUCAGAUAAUUCUGAAUUAUGUUUCCAGUCUGGCCAGUAGUAGGGUGGGCAUUCAAUAAACUAUCCUUGCUUAACU